GAACAAGUUUGGAGACGAUGGGAAGUGGCGAUGCCCCAGGCCGUAGGUGUUUAGUCAUCUGGUGGUCUGGAGCUGUAGAUCUUUGAAAGCUGCUCACUUUGAACACUCACACGGACCGUCGCGGAGUGCAGGUGCAACGCGAAGUGUUCUUUACGUGAACGUGAUCCUGGUGACCCAUUUCUCUAUUUUCCCGACAUAAUCUCUCCGGUGCAUCGGUUUUUCCACGCAUGCAAACUGUUCGACGAUUGCUGCAGGAAUUAAUUGUUCCCAAAGGCGGCGAUUAAGGAUUUACGAACUGUUUACCACUGAUAUGAUUUUUGAGAGAGUGCGACAGUGAACUUGAGGAAAUGUGGACCCCUCCUAAGCCCUGCAAGUGGCAUUGGGUUUCUUUCCUGGUUUUCUUCGCCACUUGCGCAACGAACGCAGACAAGAUUUAUACAGGUUUAUACAGCGGCGCUUUGUCAUCUGAAGCUCAUGAAACAAUUCCGCGGAAAGUGUCUCCGAACGGCGAUUACAUUUCCCACAACCUAACAAGUUUUCACGACGACGGUCAGGUGCACUUCAACAUAUCCCUACAUGAUAGAGAACACCUAUUGAUACUUGAACCGGUCCGAAAUUUUUUAGCUCCAGCUCUCGUCGUCGAGAGAAGAAAAAGAGACACACAUUCAAGAUCAAAACCGAGCGAUAAAUCCAAAAACUGUCAUUUUCAAGGCAUUGUUCAUGGCCAGCCGAAUUCCAGGGUAGCUGUUUCGGCAUGUAAUGGACUGACAGGUAUGUUACACACUGAGCAUGGUAAAUAUUAUAUCGAACCGUCCCAUCACUUAAUCAAACAAAUCGAUCCCGGCCACCCCCACCUCGUAUAUAAGAGAUCGACUGUUGUGUCUGGUAAUGCGAAAAAGAAGAAAAGAAAGAAAAGAAAGAAGCACUUUCGUGACUGCGGCACCCGCGAACCGAAAAAAAUGGCCGAACUCGAAUGGCAGAAACAGCUCGGAAAAGUGAAGGUGCAAGAGAAAAAGCACAAAAAUAAACAUAAAAUUGAUAUCCCGAGCGUACACCAGUCACAAAUGAAAAAACAUAAAUAUAAGAAAGUUGAUGGAAGGCAAAGGCGCUCGGUUAGCACACCGCAGUAUGUGGAGACAUUGCUCGUGGCGGAUCCCACCAUGGUAGAAUUUCACGAAGACGGCGAUAUAGAGACAUAUUUGCUCACCAUCAUGAACAUGGUGUCGUCCCUUUACAUGGACCCAAGUAUAGGCAAUUUGAUAAAGGUCGUUGUAGUAAAAAUCAUUUUAAUAGACGAUGUUCUGUCGGAACCGGAACUGAACGUAAGCGUCAACGCAGAUCAGACCUUAAAAAACUUUUGUAAAUGGCAGAAAAAUUUAAAUCCUGGAAACGAUUCUCACCCACAUCACCACGAUGUUGCCAUUCUCAUCACGCGAAAGGAUAUUUGUGCCAGACAAAAUGCUCCUUGUAAUACGCUCGGAGUUGCCCAUGUUGCUGGAAUGUGUAAAAGUAGCAGAAGUUGCAGCGUUAAUGAGGAUAAUGGGAUCACUUUGGCUCACACCAUUGCACACGAGAUGGGACAUAACUUUGGAAUGUACCAUGACACCGAAAAAAUCGGUUGCAAAGCUAGACAAGGCAACACCUCGCAUAUAAUGACACCGAGCUUUGAAGCAGACACCGUAGGGGUCAGCUGGUCUCGUUGUAGCCGUCGGGAUAUCACCAACUUUCUUGACAAGGGGCUUGGCCAAUGUUUGCAAGACGAACCAGAGGAUAAUGAGAUCUACGAGUACCCAGAACUGCCCCCUGGAGCAAUGUACAACGCAGAUUACCAGUGCCGAUUCCAGUUUGGGGGUGAUGCCACUGUUUGUUCUCCCUUAGAUGAGAUAUGCUUUCGUUUGUGGUGUAUGGUAAAUGACACUUGCACGACACAGCUGAGACCGGCUGCGCCAGGAACAUAUUGUGGAAAACACAAGUGGUGUCAGGAUCAGAAAUGCCUGCCGAUAAUGGAACCUCCUGUCGCGAUAGACGGCGGUUGGGGUGAAUGGAGUUCCUGGAGCGAAUGUUCUCGCACCUGUGGUGCCGGAGUGUCCGUCACACAAAGAGAAUGCGACCACCCGACACCUACAGCCGGAGGCCGUUUCUGCAUAGGAGAAAGAAGACGAUACAGGAUAUGCAACACGGAUUCUUGUCCAGAUAACAAACCCACUUUUAGGGCCGUUCAGUGCUCCACUUACAACAAUCGAACGUAUGAAGGCAAAAAAUACGAAUGGCAACCUUAUUUUGAUCAAGAUGAACCCUGUCAGUUAUACUGUAGCGAUGCUAAUGAAACAGUAAUCGUGCCUUGGGGCGAGUAUGCAGUUGAUGGUACCCCUUGCAACGUCGGAUCCAGAGACGUGUGCAUUUCCGGGAUUUGCAGGAAAGUUGGUUGUGAUUGGGUAGUAGACUCGACAGCACACGAGGAUGAUUGCGGCAUUUGUCAAGGUGACGGUACGAAAUGCGACAAAAUCGAGGGCUUGUACAAUAAACAAAGCUACUCUCCGGGGUAUCGAGAAGUCGUGGUAAUACCAGCCGGUGCACGCAAUAUCCGUAUUGAGGAAAAGGAUCACUCUGAAAACUACAUCAGCAUCGGGAGCGCUCUCGCCAAGAAAUUCUAUCUCAAUGGAAAACGGCACAUCACGUUACCGGGAGAAUAUACUGUGGCAGGGGCUCAAGCCCUCUACGAAAGGGACAACCAGUUGGAGAAGAUUCGAAUACCAGGUCCGAUACGCGAGCCUAUAGUCGUUUACGUAAUUUUCCGAGGGAAAAUACACAAUCCUGGUGUGGAAUACAAGUAUUCAAUUUGGAAGCGUCAAACCACGCAGCAAGUAAAAUACUCGUGGAUCAUGGGCGAUUGGUCUCAGUGUUCAGCUACAUGUGGUGGCGGUGUGCAAGAUCGUAAGCCUCUUUGUCAGGAAUCGACAGUAGGUGAAGUUCCUUCCGUCGUUGAUGGGGCUUCGAGAAUAGUAGAUGAACUUAUGUGUGAAAGUUCCGAACGACCAGAAGAAUGGGCAAAAACGUGCAACGAUGAUCCUUGUCCCACACAUUGGUGGGUUGGACCAUGGCAGUCAUGUCCCGUUACGUGUGCUAAGACCAAUGAAACUCCAAUGAAACGCCGUAGUGUAAUGUGUGUCGAUGGACAAGAGAUGGCGCUUCCUGACCGAUUCUGUGACAAAAAUGCAAAACCCUUGGAAUAUUCUUCUUGCAGGAUUCUACCGGAAUGUUAACACUUGUUAGGGUAAAAGAAUUCUUUUGCUUAAUUUUGUAAUUACAACAAAAAUCGUAAUUGUUAAAGUAUUAACUAACAUCAUUGUUUUGUAUAGAUUUAACAAUUAUAUACUUACGUUAAACUGAUUUAUUUAUAUUUAGUGUAGUUGUACUUAACGGUUAUACUCAUUUGAUUAAUACUCAUUUUUAGUGUAUUAUGCCUUGUGAUCCAUUAAUACGUUAACUAAUUUUGUAGCACAUGAAUAGGUUGAAAAUCAAUUUGUUUAGUAUAUAGCACUUGGUAUAGCAAAAACGACAUAAGACUGAUUUUGUAUUAGUUUUUAUUAAUUGAUCACUAAUUUUCUAAUAAAAAUUUACAAUAGUUUUGUUGGCUA